AUGAGUACUGCGACGCGUGCGACCACCACCGUGGAGGAGCGGAAGGCGGUCCACGAGAAGAGACCUGCGCACCAUCUGGACGACACGCAGACGCGAUUCACGAACCCUUGGCCAUCGUUUAGGAAUCAAACAUUUGGGCAGUUCCUCCAUUUCUUCUGGGACCAGGCAAGAAACUCCCCAAAGCCCCCGGCCGACCUCUCCUCGCGCAUCCCCUCACGCACGCCCGACUGGGCCGCCGCGUUCGCUGCGAAUGGCCUCAAGGCAACAUGGCUAGGACACGCGUGCUUCCUCGUCGAGCUCCCGACGCCCGCCGCGGCCGCGCGCGGUCCUCGUAUCCUUUUCGACCCCGUGUUGUCGCACCGCUGUUCGCCGGUGCAAUGGAUUGGGCCUGAGCGGCUGCUUCCCACUCCCUGCCCGGCGGAAGACAUACCCGCGGUCGACGCGAUCUGCAUCUCGCAUAAUCACUACGACCACAUGGACUUCCCAACCCUCCGUACCGUCUACGCCGCACACAAACCGCACAUCUUCGCCCCCCUCGGGAACCGCGACCACCUGCGCUCCAUCGGCAUCGCCGACACGCACAUCCACAUCUUCGACUGGUGGGACGCCGCGACCGUCACCGCCGCGCUCCCCUCCGCCUCCUCCGCCUCCUCCGCCUCCACGUCGAAGGGCGCGAGCGAGAGCGUGGAAGCGCCGUUCGUAGUGACAUGCACGCCCUCGCAGCACACGGCGAACCGCAGCCCGUUCGACCGCUGGCGCACGCUCUGGGCGUCGUGGGCCGUCGAGGAGGUCCUCCCCGCCCCCGCCAGUGUUGGGGAAGGGGAGACAGUGCGCGAGGCGAAGAAGCUGUAUUUCGCGGGCGACACGGGGUACCGCACGGUGUGGGCGGGCGAGGACGAGGAGAUGGCGCCGCGCUGUCCUGCGUUCAAGGAGGUCGGCGAGAAGCUCGGGCCGUUUGAUUUGGCUUUGCUGCCCAUCGGGGCGUACGCGCCGCGCGCGAUGUGGUCGAAUCUGCACGCAUCGCCCGCGGACGCGGUAGAGAUCUUCAAGGACGUGCGCGCGAAGAAGGCGCUUGCGAUGCAUUGGGGGACGUGGAUAUUGACGACGGAACCGACGAUGGAGCCGCCCGAGCUGUUGAAGCAGGCGCGGGUGCUUGGAGGGCUGGACGAGGGCGCGUUCGAAAUCUGUGGGCUCGGGGAGACUACGGCGGUGGUAUGA